GCAUGCGGGAGUCUCGUUUCUUCUCGCGAGUUGUGUCGCUUUUUCUGUUUUCCUGGAAAACGCCUUUUCUCGGCCACUGCAUCGAAGGGCCAGCCAGGGCCGGAAUCCGUUUGGAGAGCUGUUCUCUCCGCUGUUCUCUUCUCGUCGCGCGUUUAGUCUUUCUCUGCUGGAUUCCCCCGUGACUUCCGAUCCCGCUAAUCUCCUUCUCGGCAGCUUCUCUUCGCUUUUUCUCUCGUGGACAUCCGGAGGUUUCUUCGACUGCCUCCAGCUCCUCCCUCUCCACGUUCUUUUCGCGGCACUGCUCGUCCACCUCGCGUCUCCACUCUCUGCAGAUCUUCAUCCCUUCUAGCCAUCCAGUUCGCGAACAAAAACCGCUCCAAAGGCGCCUUUUCGGCGAAUAAUGCAUGAACGUUCCGCGAAAAAAUUCCAACGUCCUUCUUCCCUCUCGCAACCAUGCAAGCCCCGCCAUACCGAGCUGCCCCGCCUGCCGCGGAGGAACGCGGCCCGCCUCCUCCCAUCGUCUACGACCUUCCCUCUAAGUCCUCUUCUACUUCUUCCUCUUCUUCCUCUUCUUCCUCUUCUUCUUCCUGUUCUUCUUCCUCUUCUUCUUCCUCUUUCUCACUUUUCCCGGUGCGACUCGACGCGGCGGACGCCCACUUGGACCUGGAAGUCGACGCCUCCACAGGGUUGAGCGCGUCUUGCAUGCACACGAACGGGUGUCAGUACACCUGGAAGGGGAUUCGGUCAACGUACGGAGUUCGAGGAUCUGGGCAGGUCUACUUCGAGACGAAAGUUGUGCAUGCGCCCACAGUCGUGAUGCCCGAGACGCCUGUGCAUACGCGGAACGUCUGCCGUGUCGGUGUCAGCCUUCCUCUCACGAGUCUCUUCCUCGGAGAGUCGAGUGAUUCUUGGGGUUACGGAGGCACUGCGAAAAAGUCUUUUUCGCGCAAAUUCGAGAACUACGGAGAGACGUACGGCGUCGGGGACGUGAUCGGAACGAUCAUCGACUUAGACGAUCUGCGGCUGUCCUUCACGAAAAAUGGAAAGUUCCUUGGAGUCGCCUACGACCUUCCCCCGCGCGUUCGAGAUUCCGGACUCUUUCCUCACUUUUGUUUGAAAAACGUGGAUAUUCAAGUGAACUUUAACGCGGCCUCUGCCUGGUUUCCUCCCCCAAACUCGAAGAUCCAGUUCCUCGGAGAUGUUCCGGAAAAGGACUUGAUGGCGAACCUGGUGGAGCAUCCUGCGAGUCCAAAGGACUGUGAAUUCAUCAUGAUGGUGGGCGUUCCUGCAUGCGGAAAGACGUUCUGGGCAGAGCAGCACUGUCGCGCGAAUCCGCGAAAGAGCUUCGUUCUGCUCGGCACAAACGCCGUGAUCGACCAGAUGCGCGUCAUGGGUGUAAAGAGACAAAGUAACUACGCAGAAAGAUGGGAAGAACUCAUGACGACAGCUACGUCCGUGUUCAACACCUUGAUCGAACGUGCGAGCUCCGGAGCGGUCCCCAGAAAUGUCAUCAUCGACCAGACGAACGUCUUCAAAAAUGCCCGCAGACGCAAAGUGCAACCUUUCCGAGAGUGGGGAGUGAGAAGAGCUGUGACAAUCGUGACAGACGAGAGAACUCUGCAGCAACGCACGGCGAAGCGCGAACGCGAGGAAGGAAAAUUCGUACCAGUUUCGGCAGUUAUGGAUAUGAAAGCCGCCUUCUCGCUGCCUGCCUACGACGACGGAUUCACUGAGAUCGAGUUUCCUGAGAUGCCCGAGCAAGACAGUCGCCAGGAGGUCCGGCGAAUGAACGAAGAAGGCAGACGCUUCAAACGCGAAAAUCCGCGUGCGAGCGGCAACCAACCGAAACCGCACAUGGAGAGUCGACAGGGAGAGUUUGCAGGCGAGAAGGAUUUCCGGAACGCGAAGCGACAGCGCGACGACUGCGGUCCGUACGACUCGAGGCGCUGUCCGCCGUCGCAAGCCGAUUGGUCCGGAGGCGGCGAAGGGUGGGCGUCAGGUCCCCAGUUCUCUCAUUCUUCUUGGGGAGACAACUACCAGGGAGGCCCGGCUCGCCGCGUUGAGUGCCAGAGAGAUUUCCAGGGGUACGACGGGAAGAGACAACGCCACGACUACGGCCCCCAGGGGUAUGGGCAUGGAGACCCGCAGGGGUAUGGAGGCCCCCAGGGGUAUGGGCAUGGAGGCCCCCAGGGGUAUGGGCAUGGAGGCCCUCAGGGGUAUGGGCGUGGAGGCCCCCAGGGGUAUGGGCGCGGAGGCCCGCAGGGGUAUGGGCAUGGGGACCCGCAGGGGUAUGGGCGUGGAGGCCCCCAGGGGUAUGGGCGUGGAGGCCCGCAGAACUACGGGGACUCUUUUCGAGGAAAUUCGGGUGCGAACGGUUGGUAAGGCGAUUCUCAAGAGCGAGCCUGGCCGCCGAGCGAUCGACCUCUCACCUUACAAGAUCAAGUGUAUGGACGAGGAUAUGGCUACGAAGGGAACGGGAGAAGAGGCGGACCUGGGAGUUACAGGGGACAGGGCCUUCCACGGUACUGAAGGAGAGAAACUCGCGAAAAGACGGAGAGUUCUCUGCAGAAGGCUUUUGCAGAAAUGUAAGAGAGGCGUGAAAACGUUUCGCUGUAGUUGAGACCGUGUUUUUUAUAUCUCACGGCAGUGAGUGGAGGCACAGGGAGGGGAAAAAGAGACGAUGUUUCGGGACUUGGGGGAACUCAAAUCUUCUCGGCAUGAGUCUCAGUAGGAGCCUUCGCUUCAAAAAUUUCAAUUUGGAGAUGAAAUCCGGAAAUCUGAAAAUGGUGACGAAGACAUGUACUUUCUUGUGGUGUGGGUCGAGAGCUGACGAAACGUUCGGCGACAAACACACGUGGAAAGAGACAGGGUCGAGCAACCACAUACUCCCGUACGCUUCGUUCCAUAUCUCCCGACGCUUGCACUCUUGGAAAAACAUAAGUGUACAACAAAGUCUCUGAAAAAUACAAAACGUGUCUGCACUGAAUGCAGAACUGAGACGAUCCUAUUUUGCUUAUUUGUGUAAGUUGGCACUUUCGUCUUUGUUUAAUCUGAGGGCGCAGCCGUCCGGCCCUGCACGUGAAUGGAUGUCAAAAUAAAUGAUUGCAUGCAUGCGGGAGGCCCGUCGACAUCAUGGUGUGGGUGGCCUUGAAUGGUAAUGUGACCCGCUUGCAAGACUCGAGUCAGUGAGUUAUCUUCAUGUCUGUGUUUCCGAUUUGUGUAAAACGGAUCUUCUGAGGCACUUGGCAAUCGCAAGAGAAGAAAGUAUUUCCUGACACUGGAGAGGGUCUCACUCUUCUCCCAUGGAAGGGAAGGACGUGUGAGGAGCCGGCAAACCGACGUCUGUGAAGCCUCUUUCUGAAGUCGAAACGCGAGCGUAGACACCUCAGAUCGCACAGUCAACGCCGAAAGAUGCUGCGAACCUCGUGCCAUUCGCGCCAUGCAUGGAUGUAGCCAUCGUCACGUCACCAAAUCGACUUUCUGCCCCCACAUAUCUGUGUAUCGAUAUCUAUAUCCGACGAUCUCAGCGUGUGGACUCACGCCUCUGUCUACCCAUCCGGUCGCCUGUACACUUCCUUGAAUGCACACUCAAAGCCGUAUGUGCCUGUGCAUGUGUGACCUAAGUCAUGAGAGAAUUGCUCACGACAGUUGAUGGGAUAUAUGCAUCAUAGAGGAAAGUGUGUGUGUCCAGAUGGCUGAACCACGGAAACAACAAAGUAUAUGUGUGCAUGCACCUGCAGCCGGCAUGCUUUUCUCAGCUGCAGAUGCACAGAGUGUCCAAGGAUGCCGCUGACAUCUAUCUGCCUGUAUCUGGAUGCACACCUCAGCAGAAAGGCCUUCGCGUUUGGUGUGGACGCGACUGUCGUCGGGAAGAAAUACUGAGACCUGUCACCGUUCCAUGUUGUGCAAAACCGGAACAGAUCGUGCUCCGAGCCAGCGGGGAACGCGUGAUUGGAAAAAACAAGCCCAACGUCGCAGAGAAACGCGCACGCAUUUAAACACGAACAGAAAAAGUCGAACUUCUACCCCGCCACACGCCACCGCGACGCAAGCCCAAGGAAGCAGAGGGCCUCUGAAAAUACAGCCUCACAAUUCAUCUCUCUAAAGCGCUCGGCAGGCACCGAAAUGCCGUUCCACAGAGUAGAGGACACCGGCAUCCAAAUGCAUGCCUUGGGUCUGAUAACGAUCGACACAGAGAAACGAAGAUGACCAAUAUUCUCUGCACGAUCACAUGCCGCACACAAAAGACAUCCACCAAUCGGGCGUAGACAUACAUGCGCAUCCACAUUGAAAU